AAACACCACUUAACGGCGAUGCAAGUGUGCUGUCAGAAAAUGCGGCAGCACAAGCUGUAAGAAAAAGUUAUGUUCAUGGAGUAUCAAAUGUCCCUUUACUUUUUGAUACUAUUGGUGAUCGUCUUCGAAUGGCCGUCGAUCAGGUUCCAGAUCGAGAAUUUGUAAUUUUUAAACGUGAUGGUAUACGUAAAACUUAUCAACAACUUCUUCACGAUUGUGAAAAAUUGGCUACUGGUUUGUUACAUUUGGGUUUAAAUCGCGGCGAUCGUGUGGGAAUAUGGGGUCCAAAUUUAUACGAAUGGAUUGUUUGCCAAUUUGCUACAGCUCUUGCUGGCAUGAUUUUGGUCAAUAUAAACCCAUCAUACCAAUCGGAAGAGUUGAAAUUUGCACUUGGUAAAGUAGGGAUCAAAGCAUUGGUUACACCUUCAAGUUUUAAGAAGUCAAACUAUUACUUGUCAAUGGUAGAUAUCAUUCCGGAUAUUGCUGUUAAAGCGGAAGGGAGAGGUGAUGUGACUGCAGAUUAUUUUCCUACAUUUCGUCAUUUCAUUAUUAUUGAUCGAGAUGGGGACAAUAAACCGUACAGGUAG